AUGCCAAACCAAUUCGCCCAAAAGAUCCUCAACAAGCUCGGCGUGAAUGAGCACCACCAGAGCCAGGGCGACGCCCAGCAGGCUGGCGGCCCUGGAUCCCAUGGCGGCGGUGACGGGCCUGGCCACGUUGCGCCCUGCCACAUUGCCGAGGAGACGCACAUCCUCAGUCCGCACGGCGGUACCUACCCCCGUCUCUGCCGUCUAUCUGACGGCAGCGUGCUGUGCGCCUCGACGCGGUUCGAGGGACCAACUCACGUGUUGCACGUGGCCCGCAGCCUCGAUAAUGGCCGGUCAUUCCAGUCUUGGGGUGAGGUCUCGCGCGGCGACGGCGACUGUGACAAUCUGUUCCUCUGCGAGGUAGGAAACGGUCCCGAGGGCCCCGUGGUGCUGGGCGCCUUUCGCAACCAUGACCUAGGCCCGGACCGCAAGCCCACGCACUUUCGCAUCACCGUGUGCCGCUCGAAUGAUGGUGGCCGGACAUGGCACUUUCUGAACCAGGCAGUAGAGCACUCGGCCGCUCAGUCCAAUGGCAUGGGCCUCUGGGAACCCUUCAUCCGUAUGGGUCCUCACGGACAGGUGGAGCUGACGUACUCGGCCGAGCUAGCCGGCGACAACCAGGAGACAUUCCGGGUAGUGAGUCGCGACGGCGGUCAGACAUGGUCAGCGCCUCAGUGUCUGACCUGCCACUCGCCCGACGAGAGAUUGCGAGACGGUAUGCAGGGCAUCGUCUUGGUCCAGGACGCGGCCACGGGUCACAACGCCCUUGUACUCGUCUGUGAGACGACCCGUCACGGCACCUUUAGCGUCGAAUACGCCGUCAGCUACGACGAGGGCGCCACCUGGGGCCACCGCGGUGUGGUGUACUGCCCGCCUUGGGGCCGAAACGCGGGAGCGCCGCAGAUUGCCAGAUUCGGCAAUGGGGCGCUGGCAACAGUCUUCAUGACGGACGAGGACGCCUCCGAGUCGGACUGGCCCAAGCAUGCGUCCGUCAAGGCCGUCGUCGCCAGCGGACUCCGAAAUGGCAAGAUUGACUGGAGUAGACCGAUGCAGGUCAGCCCGCCAAACAGCUCAUGGCCUGGAGUGUUGGAGGUCGCGCCUGGACAAGUAAUGGCUGCAUAUGAGCAUGAUGGAAAGCCAGUAGGCAGACUUCUUAAUUUGCAGUGA